CUGGAAUUUCCCGACGGCCGUUUCAUUUUUGUGUAGGACUGUAAGAGUGUAGAAAAUAACCCUUGUGACAGUUGCUUACUGUUAUCAUCUUUUGAUUUGUCUGAUUUUGUUGAUUUGCAGCUUGUUUGUAAGCUUUUCCCUUGCAGAAAGCAACAUUUAUUAUCACUGGACACUUUUCUUGACGACUGUAAAGAAACGUGUUGGGAAUGAGCUAUCCUAAUUAUCCAAACUAUCCUAGUUAUCCUGCUUCCGCAGGCGGUUAUCCAGCAGUACAACCGCAGCAGCCGUAUCCUGGUUAUCCUCCUCAGCCCGGCAUUUAUCCAGGAUACCCGACUGACCAAACAUCAGCGUAUCCUGCUAGUCAGCCUGGUUAUCCAAGCUACCCGCCCGCAAAUAAUCAAUAUCCACCAGCUGGCGGUCUCCCAUAUCCCGUGCAACCACAACAACCGUACUAUCCCGCACCAGCUCCUGCCUACCCGCAGUAUAGCGCGAGUGCUCCGCAACAAGUGGGUCACCCCCCAGUCGGUCUGCAACCUGCUCCAGGUGGGAUAUAUCCAUCAAUUGCGCCAUUCGCUCCUUCAGCAGUUGGGUAUCAGCCACAACAACAACGAAUGGAACCAAAUAUUCCUACCGUGCAUCCGGCUUCGCCGUUUGAUGCUCGAGCCGAUGCGGAUGCUCUUCAUAAGGCCAUGAAAGGAUUAGGCACUGAUGAAAAGGCGCUCAUCACCAUACUGUGCCAUAGAACUAGCAGUCAACGUGCUGAAAUCAAUAGAGCCUACAAAUCAGGCUACGGAAAGGAUUUAGAGUCGAAAUUGAAAAGCGAAUUGAGUGGCGCGUUUGAGAAAGUAAUGAUUGCACUUUGUCUCCCAUUGGCCGACUAUAUGGCUCGUGAAAUGUACAUAGCCAUUAGUGGAUUGGGUACUAAUGAAGGGACGCUCGUUGAAAUACUUUGCAGCGGGACUAAUCAAGAGAUCCGUGACAUAAACGCAGCCUACGUAAGAUUGUACGGUCAUCCUAUGGAAAAGGACAUCAAAGGCGACACCUCUGGCACCUUCAAAAUGCUUCUCGUGUCGUUGGCACAGGGUCUAAGAGAUGAGAACCAAGUGGUUGACGUAGCACAAGCCAAGGCGGAUGCCCAACGUUUGUUCCAAGCCGGAGCGGCCAAAUUGGGUACCGACGAAAGUGCUUUUAAUUCAAUUUUAGCGACUCGCAGUUGGGCUCACUUGCGCCAAGUAAUGACUGAGUAUCAAGCUAUGCACGGCCACAGUUUGGAAAAGGCUGUAAUUAGCGAGUUCUCAGCUAACGCGGAGAAGGGCCUUUUAGGAAUAUUGCAGUGUGCCGCAAAUCGGCCGGGGUAUUUUGCCCAGCGCCUGCAUAACGCCAUCGUAGGAAUGGGCACAAAAGACCAAAAUCUUAUCCGCAUUAUUGUGAGUCGUUGCGACGUCGAUCUAGGCAACAUCAAACGAGAAUACGAAAAAUUAUUCAAAAGAAGUCUCCAUGCAGACGUUUCGGGCGAUACAUCAGGUGAUUAUAAAAAGGCUCUUCUAGCUCUUCUUGGCUGAAAAAGGAUUUAGCUGCCAAAAUCGAAAAACACUUCUUCUUAGCUGUAGCCUAUUUUUUUUUAUUGGUAUCAUUUUUUUUUUAUUGAAUUUAUUUGGGGCCUGAUUUGGUUGUGUAAACGUUAAAUCUAGUUAGUUAUAGGAUGAGUUAAAGAUUGGGUGUCAAUUAUCAAGACGUUUGCUUCCAAAUUUUAAAUGCAUGGCAUCCAUUAAGUCAGUUAGCUUCUAAACUAUAUAUCCCUGUUUCAUAAGCUCCAAUAUGGUUACGUAUAAGGGACAGAGUGAUUGAAUUGCUACUAACAUUUAAGAGUUGAGACGACACUCAACUGAAAUAGCACAGCCAUGCAAUUCGGUGUAUUUAAUAUUAUAAUGGUACCUUAAUAAAGGUACCGUUAUAGGUAACUUAAUAAGGUAUAAUACAUCGUUGUUGACCUCCAUAA